UCCUGGUGGAUAAACAGUGACAGCUACAGGGCAGAGCCACCGAGACCCAGCGCACAGGCUCCGGCGCUGCCCUGGCAAACAACACCCAACAUGGCUUCAGACAGUGCACACGCCGCGCAGCUGACUUCUGAGCUCUACUUCCUAAUAGCCCGGUUCCUAGAGGCUGGACCGUGUCAGAAAGCGGCCGAGACCCUGAUCCGGGAGGUGGAGGAGAAGGAGCUGCUGCCCAGGAGACUGGACUGGACGGGGCAGGAGCACCCCGGGACCUACGAGAAUUUGGUGAAGCUCAACCGACACAUCAGUCCAGAGCACCUGCUGCAGGUCUGCUCUCGAGUCUGUCCGCUGCUGGAGGGGGAGGUCCCUGCCAGCGUGCCCGGACUCAUCAGCCUUCUGGGAGCCGGCAGGCAGAAUCUGCUCCGCACCAGCAAGAGUUGCAAGCAUGUUGUGUGGAAGGGCUCAGCACUGGCUGCCCUUCACUGCGGACGACCACCGGAGCCGCCAAUCAUCUACGGAAGCCCACCUAAUAUUGUGGAGACAAGCUUCAGCCGUCGACUAAAUGGAUCCUACCGGCUCCGGCAGCUGUUGCCCACUGCCGUGUACCAGCACAUGAAGAUGCACAAGAGGAUCCUGGGACACCUGUCGUCCGUGUACUGUGUCACCUUCGACAGGACGGGACGACGCAUCUUCACGGGCUCAGACGACUGCCUUGUGAAGAUCUGGGGGACAGACAGCGGGCGUCUGCUGGCGACGCUGCGUGGCCACGCCGCCGAGAUCUCCGACAUGGCCGUGAGCUACGAGAACACCAUGAUCGCCGCAGGUUCCUGUGACAAGACCAUCAGAGUGUGGUGCUUACAGACCUGUGCCCCUUUGGCCGUCCUGGAGGGACAUGCAGCAUCUAUCACCUCACUACAGUUCUCUCCUCUGUGUUGUGGCUCCAAGCGUUACCUGUCGUCCACCGGAGCUGACGGAACCAUCUGUUUCUGGCAGUGGGACGCACGCACGCUCAAGUUUGGCCAGAGACCCAGUAAAUUCACGGAGCGUUCCAGGCCUGGUGUCCAGAUGAUCUGCUCCUCCUUCAGUGCAGGUGGGAUGUUCCUCGCCACAGGAAGCACGGAUCACAUCAUCAGGGUGUACUACUUUGGCUCAGGCCAGCCAGAGAAGAUCUCAGAACUUGAGUCGCACACAGACAAAGUCGACAGCAUCCAGUUUUCACAUUGCAGUGACAGGUUUGUGAGCGGCAGCAGGGAUGGAACAGCACGAAUCUGGCAGCUGCACCCUCAGGGCUGGAGAAGCAUUCUGCUGGACAUGCAGACCAAAUUACCCGGGAAGUACAACCCUCCUCCACUGGAAGACAAGGUGACCAAGCUGAAGGUUACCAUGGUAGCGUGGGAUCGCCACGACGGCACGGUGAUCACAGCAGCCAACAAUCUGACGCUGAAGGUUUGGAACUCCACAACGGGAAACCUGGUCCAUGUCCUGAUGGGUCACGAGGAUGAGGUGUUCGUCCUGGAGCCACACCCCUUUGAUCCCAGAAUCCUGUUCUCAGCGGGGCAUGAUGGGAACUGUAUUGUGUGGGACCUGGCCAAAGGGGCCAAGAUCCGGUCCUACUUCAACAUGAUUGAGGGCCAAGGACACGGGGCAUUGUUUGACUGUAAAUGUAGUCCAGAUGGGCAGCAUUUCGCAGCCACAGACUCCCAUGGACACCUGCUCAUCUUUGGCUUUGGCUCCAGCAGCAAGUACGACAAGAUCGCGGACCAGAUGUUCUUCCAUACCGACUAUCGGCCGCUGAUCCGAGACGCCAACAAUUACGUCCUGGAUGAGCAGACACAGCAGGCACCACACUUAAUGCCCCCUCCUUUCCUGGUGGAUGUAGAUGGAAACCCCCAUCCGCCUAGAUACCAGCGGCUGGUGCCGGGCAGGGAGGGCUGCAGGGACGAGCAUCUGAUCCCACAGAUGGGUGUCACUUCUUCAGGCCUGAACCAGGUGGUGAGCGAGCAGGCGGUGGAUGGUUCCAGUCCUCUGGACACGAUGAUUCAGAGGCUGCAGCAGGAACAAGACCAAAGACGGGGAACAAACGAUGCCCCUGCUCCGGGUGCUGUGAACAGCAUGGCCAGUAGAGGAUCGGUGGGUUCGCCGAUGGAAGUUCACUCCCCACCCAACGUGGGUCUGCGUCGCAGCGGCCAGAUCGAGGGUGUACGCCAGAUGCACAGCAACGCCCCGCGCAGCCAGAUGGCCACAGAGGGAGACCUGGUGGCCUGGAGUCGCAGGGUGCUGGUACCUGAGCUGGAGGACGCCUCUGUUGGGAGGCAGAUAACCUGGCGUGAGGCUAAAGGGGAGGAGGAAAUCAAUAUUUAUCAGUCAGAGAGGAGGAGACGCACCAUCCACUCUCUCCCCAAGGAGAGCAGGGUUCAUCCCACAUCUGAGUGUGUCGUAGACGAGGGGAGGAAGAGUCAGGGUAACCAUGGUUAUCAAACCCGUGCUGCCAUGGAGGAGACGAGUCGGCAGAGCGCUGAGGGCGCAGACGACGAUGACAGCACCUCAGAGGGAGAGGUUGAGGUACGUCAAAUCAACGGCCAUUCCUCAGAGGAGGAGAAGGAGGAGGAGCAAAAAGAGCCCUGGCCAGAUGACCACAGUAGUUCAAGCGACUACUCCAGCGAUUACUCGGACUGGACGGCAGAUGCGGGCAUCAACCUUGAACCGCCCAAGAAGAGCGUUAGGGUAAAAAAGAAGAGCAGCAGCUCUGAGGAGGAAGGAGAGAAGAAGAGGGAUGGGAAGAAAGAGAGGAAGAAAGACAAACCAGACAAAGACGACGCAUUACCAAAGAAGAAGCAGCCAAAGGAAAAGAGGAAGAGGACUGAGUCUGAGGAGCAGGGCCUGACGCUGGAGGAGUGGCUUCCCUCUGCUUGGAUCACAGACACGGUCCCCCGGAGAUGUCCUUACAUACCCCAGAUGGGAGACGAGAUAUACUACUUCCGACAGGGACACGAAGCCUAUGUGGAGAUGGCCAAACAGAAGAAGAUUUACAGCAUCAAUCCUAAGAAGCAGCCGUGGCACAAGAUGGAGCUUCGGGAGCAGGAGUUAAUGAAGAUAGUUGGCAUCAAGUACGAGGUUGGCCUACCCACACUGUGCUGUCUUAAACUUUCCUUCCUGGACCCUGACACAGGCAGACUCACUGGAGGAUCCUUCUCAUUGAAAUACCAUGACAUGCCUGAUGUAAUCGACUUCCUGGUGUUGCGGCCGCAGUAUGACAAUGCCAGAAAUAGACAGUGGAGUAUAGGUGACAGGUUUCGGUCAGUGAUAGAUGAUGCAUGGUGGUUUGGGACCAUUGAGAGCCAGGAGCCCUUCCAGACCGAGUAUCCUGACAGCCUGUUCCAGUGCUACAAUGUCUGCUGGGACAAUGGAGACACGGAGAAGAUGAGUCCUUGGGAUAUGGAGAUGAUCCCUGAUGACGCCACGUUCCCUGACGAGUUGGGCCUGAGCGUCCCCCUGGUAGAAGACGAGCAGAAGGAGCUGCUUUACGUCCCUAUGGAGGGAGAAUGGGGCUCCAACACACGCAUAGACGAGUGUGAACGCAUCAUCAAAGCCAUCGACCAGCUCUGCACGCUCGAUGUAGCGGCGCCAUUUGCCUUUCCAGUGGACCACCAGGCUUACCCCACGUACUGCACAGUAGUGGCCUAUGUCACUGACCUCAGCACCAUGCGCGAAAGGCUGGUGAACCGCUUCUACAGACGACUCUCCUCUCUGAUGUGGGAGAUUCGUUACAUUGAACACAACGCGCAAACAUUCAACGAGCCUGGAUCCUUCAUCGUCACUACCGCCAAGUUCGUCUCUGACCUCAUGCUGCAAUUUAUUAAGGACCAAAGUCUGACUGACCUCAUGCCCCUGUACAGAACUAUGAAGAAGUCAACUUUCUCUGACUCUGAAGACGAGGAUGAUGAGGAGGAGGAGGAUGAAGAUACUAAUACUCCUGGAACGUCCACACGAAACCUCAAGGGACGUACACCGAUGCAGCGCCGACUGCGAACCCGACCUCCUUCCUACGACCCUCAUGCAUGGAAGGGGCGCUGUAAGGAGCUGCUGGACCUGCUCUUUCAGUGUGAAGACUCCGAGCCCUUCAGAGAACCCGUGGACCUACAGGAAUACCCGGAUUACCUGCAAAUAGUUGAGUCUCCAAUGGAUUUCGGAACCGUAAUCAACACCUUAACAGAAGGAAAGUACCAGUCUCCCAUCCAGCUCUGCAAAGACGUGCGGCUCAUUUUCAGCAAUUCCAAAGCGUACACGCCCAGUAAGAAGUCUCGGAUCUACAGUAUGAGUCUGAGGCUUUCUGCUCUGUUUGAGGAGCAUGUCAGCUCCAUCUUGGCUGAUUACAAGGCGAUCCACGGCCUGACAGGGAAACUGACCAGACAGGGCACGGACAGACAGACGCGACACACGCCAGACAGACAGACGAGGCACGCCAUGAAGAGGAGGAGGAGGAGCGAGUCUCCCACAAGCAGCACUGCAUCCAGCCCAGAGAGGAAGAGACGUGUAUCAUCUAGGGUGACGGCAAAAAGGGAGCCGUCACCCGCUCCACCACGCAGUUCCUCCCUGAGACAGAGCGUUCCACAGAAGCAGACGCCCCAGCUGGUCAACGGGAAGGCAGAUACACCGGCUGCCGGGCGAACGCGCAGCGCAGCACGCCAUUCUGCACAUUCUCCGCCCGCCGCCUCCUCAUCGCAUAAUUCCACAAGCAACAAAACAGAGUCGACGCGUUCGCUGAGGACUCAUCACUCCUCGUCAGCUUCAACGCCACCGGUCUCUGAAAAGGCGACUCCCACUCCAGCUGCAGAAAGUAGCAUUGGAGGAAGCACCCGGCGGAAACUCAGGACCCCUGUACGACACACGCCUGGCUCUGUUGUCAGCCCUUCACCUCAGAACACAACCCACCUGAAUGGUCACAGUAGUCAUGUGACCCUCGGCAUGGGGAAGAGGGGGCGGAGGUCCAGAACAGACCCACCGGUGAGUCCUCCAGAGGUCACAACACCGCAGAGCCCAUCUAGACCUCAAGAUCGCCCCCCUGGCAAGAAGAGAGGCCGGAAGAGCAAGCAGGAGCUGGAGGAGAUGAGAAGGAGCAGUAACCGCAGGAGCUCCACCCCCGAUGAGGAGCUCGACCACUCCACAGAAGACGAAGGCGGAGCAUCUUCUGCACAGGAAACAUCUGUGCUGUCAGACUCUGGCACGCCAUCGACGCCUAGAAGGCGUGGGCGGCCCAGAUUGGUACGAACUGAUGAAUCAACUCCUCCCGCCGAGUCACCGGAGCCCUCACCGCUGAGGAGGAGCAGCAGAAGAGCCAAUGAGGAGGUGACCGCUCCUCCACAGACUGCCCCUCAACGAUCCAAUCGCAGGCAUUCACCAGAGGAGGAGGAGGAGGGUGAUGGUGAAGGGGGGUCCAUGCGCACACGUAACCAGGGGCGACGGUCAGCCUUCUACAUGGAGGAGGACUCUGAGGAGGAGCAGAGGCAGCUGCUGUUUGAGGACUCAUCGAUCACCUUCGGCACCUCCUCGAAGGGACGCGUCCGCAAGCUGACAGAGAAGGCCAAAGCCAACCUGAUUGGCUGGUAACAGAACACACAGGCAGGAAGUGAGGAGGAGGCCGACUGCCCUGACGUCUGUGCAGCUGAUGAGUAGGGGGCUAUCUAGGAAGUCAUGUUGCUGUUGUAUGCAUUUCUGUGCACGUUCGUGUGUGUGUGUGUAUCUGAACGGCCACUGGCUCAGCUGCUGCUAUUCGAAGCUGUGACCACGGAGAGACACAACAGCGCAGUGGUCUGUCCAAUUCUACUUCCUCACAGCCCAGUGAGCACAUCACUAUGGCAACCAGUGGCUUUCAGCAUGUUCUUCUGGUCGAGCUCCUCUGACGUUACUGGUCCAUGUUGGAUCCGACAAGACGCUCGUCGACCCCCGUGUCGGUGGGGUCGUGACCUGCCUCUGUCCAGUGAUCGACUCUUUGCCCCGGUCUCACCUGAAACACUGCUGGGUGUCACAGCCUGGACGGAGUUUCAGUACUUGAAGAGGUCCCGAAGAGAUGGAUGCAUCUCGUCUCUUUACUAUUUCAGAGAAACUUUUCAAGUGUCUCAGCUAGGAGGAAAAAAGUCGCCCGCUGAAUUUAAAUUGUUCGGUCUGUGAUGGAUGACAGACCGAGCACCGGCUGACAACAUCUUUCGCCCCUGUCAUCAUUGUUCCUGUUCUUUUUUUUUGUUUUAUACAACCCUUUCUUGGCUUUUUCUAAGAUUUGUACGUAACGAUCGGCUCUCUGUUUUGGAAGUCUUACACAUUGGCUGACCUGAGCGUGUCUGUCUGUGCUAAAAUACCAAAUGGUGUACCUGUAUAGGUACUGUAGAUCCGCAGGCUCUGUUUACUAUUGGGGUGUGUGUGAGUUUUGUUUUGCUUGUUAGAAAGAGGAGGCAUCGCUUUUUUUCCCGGAAGCUGUUUUUACUGUGAGGAGGUGAAAAAGGAUGCAAGGGUGAAAGGGUUCAUUUUAGAUCACGUUUCAAUGCGUCCUCAACAUUAGCAAUACCUUGUGCCUUUAUGUCUUUGGAGUGUGUGCGUGCGUGUGUGUGUGUAUGAGCCUGCUUGGCCUCUGCCCUGCAAAGUACAUGUGCCUGUAUGUGUGUGAAACUAUGUUGUGUGCGCAACUGAAGGAGUGUGUGUGUUUUUAUAACACAACUGAGUGUGUCACUUCCACCUUCAGUGUACAAACAGUGGCAUACAGUUUGAUCGUUGUGAAACCUCUCAAAGAAAAUGUAUUUAUAGCAGUUUGAAAAAAAAGAAGACUUUACUCUCGUUGUGAACAUACCAUUAUUCAUGUCAGUAUAUUAUCCUAUAACCAACCUAUUGUCAGUUUAUACCUAAGGUACAGUGAGCGGAGCUGUGGGCGACUAGCUUUGAGAUGCACUUACCACAGAGCGGUUAUCAAUGCAGUCGUAGGGAGCGAGGAACCCUGUGUAUUUUAAAACUGUUAACAUAUAAAAAGGAACUUUUUAAAAGGUUGAUAUGUUUCUAUGGAGAUCAUGUGCGUGCACACACACACACACACACACAAAAUUAUGUCUCGCAUGUUUUAGCACUUUCUCAUCAACUGGAUGGAGCCAGAUCAAACCGAUGGGGACUGAAUUUGGAUGGAAAGAGAGAGAGAAAGAGAGAGAGAGAGAAAGACAAGUCUUGUAUCUUUCUGAUGGUGUGCCUUCGCUACUAAAGGAGAA